AAAAACUGUUUUAUUGGCUGUGAGAACAAACGUCUUGCGCAUGUCAAAUACGUCAUCACGCAGACAUCCGACCUGUCCUUGAAGCUACAACACAGCCAAGAUGGUCGCAUACUGGAGACAGGCAGGCCUGAGCUACAUCCGCUUCUCCGCUAUCUGCGCUAACGCGCUGCGGGCUGCCCUCAAGCCGCAGUUCAAAGCUGAGGCGAUAAGGGCCGCAGAGUCCAACGUCAGAGUCCUCAAACCUCAAAAUAAAACAGCAUGAUGUAUGACCAUGAUGUAGAUAUUUUUUUUUCAUGGGUCGUGAGGUCCUGCAGCUUACCUGUCCUGCACACCAUGGAAAAGGAAAAUAAAAGCUGGUUAACAUCAAGUUGAUGUGUUAGACUGGAGACCUGAAUGACACUGCAUCCCCCUGCCCCCCUUUUCAUUUGUAAUCAAAAUUGUAUUAAAAAUGGAUGUUGGAA